AUGGAUUUAAAUGACAAGAAAGAAUACAAGGCAAAUGCCAAUGAAAAUGAGGAUAUUAGCAAAGAAAAUGGAAAAAUACCUUUUAAUUACAAAAAUGAUACAUUACAUAAAGAGUUAGGAGAUGUACGAAGAUUUUCAGGAGGAAACCUUUUUAAUAAUGAUAAAAUUCAGAGUGAUGAAUUGCUUUAUAAAAAUAUUAAACCAAAUUUAGAACAAAAAUUUCAAUGUAGUGUUUUAGAUGAAAAUAAAGAAAAAAACAGUUUAUCUGAUAUAAUGAAGAGUAGAAAUUAUGAUUGUACAAAAAGUAAUAGUUUAUCUGAUGUAAUAAAAAAAAAUAUUAUAUCUGAUGAUCAAAAAGAUACAUAUUUCUCAGAUGAUUUAAAAAGUAAAAAAUCACUUUUUUAUGCUGUAGAAAAAAAAAAGGAAAUUUCAUUGAAUAAAAUAUAUAGUGAAAACAAUUUAUCACAAAAUAACUUAAUUAAAAAUGGCUUUAGGGAAUAUUUUGUAAAUAAGGAAAACAUAAAAUCAAGUAAUAUUGUUCCAGGAAAUGUUUAUGAAUAUAAUCACAAUGUUAUAUAUCAUGAAUUAUACGUUGAACUGUUGCAUGUAAAUAAAAAUCUCCAAAAUGAAAUAAAAACAUUAAAAAAAAUAAUCGAAAUGCAAAAGAUUUUAAUUAAAAGUAAAGAAAUAAUUGUUGAUAAUAUAGAUGAAAAAAAAAAAAUCAAUAAUAAAAAAUAUGUUAAUAAUAAUUAUUUUUUAAACUUUUUUAAUAAAAAGAAAAAAAAAAAUAAAGAUUUUCCUAUGCACAAAGAACAGUCUGAAAAAUGCCUAAAUAAAAAUUUAUUUUUGGAAUGUGAAAAGAUAUAUAAUGAUGAAGAUAAUUUUAAAACAAAUUUAGACAAAAUAAAUGAAAAAAUGGAAAAUAAAAAAAAUAAAUACAUAAAAUUGCCAUUAAGUGAAAAUGAACAUUCAGAAUAUUCUAAUAAAAAUAGUCCUACUAAUGUGGAUAAUUUAUUUUUAAAUAAAAAAGAGGAACUUGAUAAAUAUAAAAGAGAAAGUAAUAUAUCAAGUGAAAUUGAUGAAAAAUAUUUGAAAUAUGAAAGUGAAAAUAAGAAAGAGGAAGAAAGCGAUAACAAUUGUAAAAAUCAAGAAAUCAGUACUCUUAUUUAUUGGUAUGAAGAAAUAUUACCUAUGAUAAAAAAUGAGAAAAAAAAAAAAUUGUUAAUUAGUCUUAUGAUUGAUAAUUGUAUGCCAAAAAAAAUAAAAGAGUGUUUUUGGGAAAUGAGUAUUAGCAAUAGACUAAAAUUGACAGAAUAUUUUGUUCAAAUAUUAAUUAAAAAUACUACUUUUAUGCAAUCCUACGUAUAUACUAAUAAUAGACAGUAUCACAAUCAUGUUUCAAGAUAUUUCAAGUCUUUAAGUAUUUUACGAAAUAACAAUUUAAAUUUAAAUAUUGAAGACACAGAACUAAGUCUUAACUGCAAUACUGAAAAAAAUACAAAAGUUUUUAUUGAUGACAAAAAUAAUUCAUUAAUCUAUGAAAAUAAUAAUAAUAAUAUUGAAAUUGAGGAUGAGAAUAGCAAUAAUAAUAAUAUAAACAAUAGGGGGAAUAAUAAAAUUGAAAUUAAUUCUUAUGAAAGUAAUACCGAUGAUAAUAAUAACGAAAAAAAUAAUAUUAAAAAUGAUAAUAAUAAUAAUAAUAAUAAUGAGAAUAAUAAUAACAGAAACAACAAUAAAGAUAUAUCUAAUUCUAAUAUAAGAUUAUUUCAAAGUCUUUCUGUUGAAAAAUUUUUUUAUCAAAUAUUAAUCGAUUUAGAUAGAACAACUUACAUAAUAAAAAAAAAUCAGGAAUAUUUUAAAAAAUAUAAUAUUACUAUAUAUAAUUUUAUACUUACUGUUAACUUAUCAGAUAUGAAAAAAAAAUUAAAUACAUUAUUACAGAUGUACGUACUUUUCAAACCAGAAUUAGGUUAUGUUCAGGGAAUGUCAUACAUUGCACUAGUCUUUUUGUUAUAUUGUGAUUUGGAAACAGCUUUUGUACAUUUUGCAAAUUUCAUGGAUAAAAAAGAUAUUUAUAAUUUAUAUAGUUUUAAUAAGGAAGAAAUAAAAGUUUAUAUUUAUACUAUAAGGGAAAUUUUAUUAAAAAGAAAUAUAGAAAUAUAUAAAGAAAUUAUUAAACAUUAUAAUAUAGAUAAUAUUUUUAUUCAAUGGAUUUUCACUAUUUUUUUUAUAUGCUUACCUUUUCACAUAUUUAUACGUUUAUUUGAUAUAUAUACGUUAUAUGACAAAAUAAUAUAUGAGAUAAUUAUAUGUAUAUUCACUUACCUUGAUAAAUUCUGCCAUUUUGAAAAUGUUGAUGUUGUUGUAAAAAAUCUGUCUACCUUUUCUUUUAAUAUAAAUAUUCAGGAAGAUAGGUUUUGGGAUUUGUUAAAAACAAUAAAAAUUAAGAAAAGUAAAAUUCUGUAUUAUAGAAAGAAAUACUUUGAUAAAAUUAACAAUGAGAAACUUUAG